UAGGGCCCUUGAUCUUCAUGCGUACUGCAUGCCUUGGAACCCUCCCAAAGGAAUAACCCUUAUGGGAUCGAACGUAAGGGCUACAAUCAAGGGGCCAGAAGAUCCACGAUCCGAUGGUGAACACAAGGACACAGCAGCUCCCCCUCCUGUCCGUGUAUUGCUGAUAGGUCCCGCCGAUUGCCGCCACACCGUGACUACCAUCUGCCGGUCCCAUCGCUGGCUUCGCCAUGACGUGGAGCUUUACAUCUACGAGCCUCGUAUGGCCCCGCUUGCUCGGCACAUAGCCCUCCUUGCUCUUAUGUUUGACGACCAACUGCUGACCCGAUCUCGUGUGGAGAUGCUCUUGGAGCUGCAUGGCAACGUCCUGGUCCGCGAGAAGACUGCUGAGUACUUGGAAGAGCUGGGGAAGAAGCUCGCUUUGCUGGUUCACUGCAGUCAACUGCAUGCAACCCCACUGCCCAACCCCCAACCCCAACCCACCCCUUCUAACAAGCUUAUUAACCCCCUCCCCUCCGUCGACAAGCUCAAACCCAAAUCAGAGCAACUGCUCCUGGAAAAGAUCAGCCCCGUCCUCCUGCGCUUGAUAGACUUAAGUUUGCUUAGACAUAAGGAAUGCGAUGCACUUGCUGACCUGUUCUGCUCCUGGAGACGGAAGGUACCUUUCGACAUAGCUGCUCUUCGUGACAGACGCAUGCGGAAGUACUUUGGGGAGAGGUACGAUUUCCAAAGGAACCUCGCCGACUGGGACUAUAGCAUGGCCCUUGCCGAACGAGCGCCUGUCGUCCAUAGCCGGAACUUCAAAGACUGGCGCGCAACGGGAAUAGCUUACCGAUUCCGGGACUGUGUUUACACGGAACCUAACCGUUCUCUGCAGUCGUGGGCGUGUGGACGUACCCUUGAUUAUGUAGACAGAAAUGGGGAGGAGAGAGGGCGUACCAUCGAGCAGAGGGGGUUUUGGGGGGACAUACUAAAUGGGCCCUAUCCAGCAUUUAGCAUUGCUACGGAAAACCGGAACCUGAUGAAGACAAGAAAUGGCGUGCACCUUCACACAGAGACUGAGUUGGCAGUGUUCAAUCUGACCUCACUGCUUUACGAGCUGCAGCAUUCAAAGAUAUAUCGAACGGCAGAGGAGAAGGGGAAGAAGGUGGUGGUGGCGGAAGUGGAGCAGAGUGAGUCCGACUGCAAGUCCGAGUCUCAGGCGCAUGGCGCGGGAUACAGUAUGCUCCCUACAGUUCAUGAGACGAGCAGCGAGCUAGGUCCGUCGGAACAAGCAUCGACGUCGGCUUCGGCUUCGGCUUCGGCAUCAGCUUCGGUAUCAGUAUGCGAAUCCGACUCCGAGGACAUGGGAGACGGAGAGAACGGGGCAGAGGUAGGAAGAGAGGAAGAGGGAGAGAGGACGAGAGAAAAAAGAGGGGAAGAAGAGAGGGGGAGAGAAAGACAGGGAGAGAGAGAGGAAGAUAAGAAUGGCAAUCAUAGAGCGGGGCGAGAAAGAGGGAGAGAGGAAGAGGGAGAGAGGGCGAGAGAGACAGGAGAAGAAGAAGAAGAGAGGGAGAGGCAAAGACAGGGAGAGAGGGAGGAAGAUAAGAAUGGCAUUCAUAGAGAAGAAUACCGCGGACAACAAGCUUGUCCCCGCAUAGGAGCCGAUGAUCAGACUGAGUCUGCAGUGCGAGAUGAGGGCAAGAGUUCGACUCCUGGAACCCACAACGCCAUCGCCAUUGCAUCUGUGCUUGCCUCCGAGGGAGAGACGGCUAUUGUUCAGCCAGCGGUGGUUUCUGCUCCCAUCCAGUCGCUUGGUGAGAAUGUGGAGCCGUCAAACGCCGAUCCUCAAUGUGAAGGACCUGGAAUCCUGAGCUUCAAGGCAGCCACUACACUCCCUGAUGAGCUGAGUAGAGCCGCAAAGCCAACUGCUGCGGACUCUCAGCCGUUGACAAGACCUGCUCUGGAUUCGUGUUGUGGUACUGUCGUUGUUGACCCACGACUGGAACCGAUGGACGUUCCUGGAUCGAGCGCUGGUCCACGUACAGUCCAGGGUCAAACGCAGUCCUCUGAGCUGGGUAGUGAGUCUGGAACAAGGUCCUCCUUAGACCAGCGCGGGUCCGUUGCCAAACCGGGGCGAGCUUUCCUCAGUAACGUUGACGUCAAUGAGAAGGAUAGAGGGAGCGGAGGGAGCGGAGGGAGCGGAGGGAGCUGCGCUCGCGUUGCUUGCAUAGAUGAUGGAGAUGGCGGCGAUGCGAUCCGUUCGGAGGAACGAUCGGAUCCGAACGAGAAGGACAAGAUAGAUAUACACAGUGCGCAUGCCUGCGCGGAUGUUUGUCGUGACGCUGCGGCUUCUAGUGUUGUCGGGGGGGGGGGGGGGGGGGAGAAGGAAAAGGAAAGGAGGCUUAGGAGGGAGAAAGAGAAGGAGAGGGAGGAAAAGGUGAAAGAGGAAGUGGAGAGGGCCGAAGAGGUGAGAAAGAAGGAGAGGGAGAGUCGGGAAGAGGAGGAGGAGGAGGAGGAGGAGGAGGAAGCGGAGGGGGUAAACGGGUUGGGGGAUGAAGGGGAGAAGAAGGGGAGGAGGCAAGCGGAGGAGAAAGAGGAAAAGGUGUUAGAGAAGAAAACGGGCGAGAAGAAAACGGGCGAAGAGAAAGAGGAAGAGCCUGGGGACAAGGAGGAGGGGGGGGUGGGGAGGGAGAUGAAGGAAGAGAGGGAGAAAGUGCAGCAGGAGGAGGGGGAGGAGAAAUGGGAGAGGGAGUGGAACGAGGAAGAUAAGGAGAGGAAAGAGGAAAAGAAAGGGGAAGAGAGGGAGGCGAAGGGAGAGGAGAAAGUGGUGUCGAAGGAUGAUGAGGACGAGGAGAAGCUCGAGAAGGAGACGGAGGAGAAGCAGCAGCCGGAGGUAGAGAAGAAGAAGAAGAAUGGAGAAGAGGAGAUAGAGAACGUCAAGAAGGAGAUGGAGGCCAAGCAGAAGGACACGGAGGAUAAGAUCAUGACGAAUGAAGAAGAGGAGCAGGACUGUUUGGUCGAGGGUUGGUCGGAGAAUGCUGCAGAAACCCUUGAUUUGUUUAAGCUUGUGUUCAUAACAGGCGACCUGCACAAGGUUGUUCUCCAGAAGCCAAUGUUUCGUACCAAAAAAUUUGAUGCUGUUGUGAUAGGUGUGGGGUAUGCGCAGGCCUUCGACAAUGUAGAUAUGAACUCGAUCACCAAGGACGAUGCUCGCAUUGUGGUGGAGGGCUCACGGUUUAUCCUAGGCUUGCGAAAAGAACAUCAAGCCGCAUUCGUCAAAAAGAUGGAUGAGAUUGCAGAGCGCCUAGGGUGGGAACCUGCUUUAACCCAUGAGUCCCUAGCUGAGCACUUAGUGUAUAGAAAAAGGGUUGUGAGCAGCUGAUCAGACCAUGCUUUUCUUUUUUUCUUUUUUUUACAGGCACCGUACAAGACUAUUACUCAAUCAGUAUGGGACUU